UCUGUCUCUGCUUCUCAGCUUGAUGAGCCACUUGAAGUCAAGUGGGGCCUUGUCUCGAAGCUAACCAAUACUGACAUUUUGGGUGCAGUUGACGGCAAUACCCUUCACUUCCUUCUGAACAGGUGGGUGAACUGAGGUCCAGAGGAGCGAAGCCUCGUGUUCUCCCCAUCUGCCAUCUCCCAGGACUCCCCAUGCAGAGGGAUUUGGAAGAUGGUCCCAGUAAAAGAAUCCGGAAGUUCUCCCGGCGAGUUUUUGGUCGGCGGCUUUUCAAGAGCGAGAAGUUUAGUAACCAGGGCGCCUACUUGGAAAUUCUCCAGGCAGCAGGGGAGUUUGGGACUUUUCAGAGGAGGCUGGUGGCCCUCACCUUCAUCCCCAGUUUGCUGACUGCCUUUUUUGUGUUUGACGGCGGGCUGCUGCAGAGGACCCAGCGUUAUCACUGCUACAGCGACUGGCUUUUGACCAUCCAGCCCAACUUGACCAGGGAAGAGUUAUAUAACCUGAGCCUGCCCAAAAAGGACGAUGGCUCCUUUGAGGAGUGCCAGAGGUACUCGCCAGUCCAGAGGGACUUCGACUCCAUCGUCAAGUACGGCCUGAAUGAAACCGAAGAGUGCCAGAAAGGCUGGAUCUACAUUCAACCCGAGUACUGGACCUUGGCCAGAGAGUUUAACCUGAUCUGUGACAAAAGCUCCGGGCUCUUGGAGGCCCGGGCUAUUUUUGUGAUUGGCAUUUUGUGUGGAUCCUUAAUCGUCGGGACCUUGUGUGACAGGCUGGGAUGCUACAGAACCAUUCUGACCAUGAUGGCGUCCUACGCCUUUUUCGGGUUCGGGACGGCCUUCGUGCCCAACUUCAAAGUCUACAAAGUCUUCCAGUUCGGCGUGGGCAUGACCAUCAUGUGCUACCAGAUCAGCAGCAUCAUUUUAGUUUCAGAAUGGUUGGUCGUCUCCCGGAGAGCUCAAGCCAUUGCUUUGGAAAACUGCUUUUACGUCCUGGGUCUCAUAAUGUUUUCUGUGCUGACCUCUAUGAUCCCUCAUUGGAGACUGCUCCGGCUGGCCGGAGCGUCCCCCGUGUUCCUCCUGAUCUCCUACAUCUGGAUUCUUCCCGAGUCCCCAAUGUGGCUGUUGACGAAAGGAAAAACGGAAAAGGCAAAGGACAUCCUGUGCAUGGCGGCCAAUGUCAACAAGAAAGUCAUACCCCCUGAGCUCUUUCAGCAGCUGAUCAAAGAGAAGAUCCACUAUGGAACAAUACUGAACAUCCUGCAAAGGCGCCCCCUGAGGAGGAUACUCGCCAUCCUGUUCUAUAUGUGGUUUUCCAUGGCUCUCAGCUAUUUUGGGCUGAUUUCCAAAGGACACCAGCAUACGAAGGAGUACGGAGGCUAUUUGACGUUAGGACUUAUGCAAAUACCGGUCCAUCUUUCCUGCAUCAUCCUCACGGAGAAGCUGGGGAGAAAAAACAGCCAGAUCUUAAGCCUUUUCAUAGGAGGCUUCUCGGGCCUGUCCACUGUCUUCAUCCCCAAUGAGCCGAACUCCCUCGAUCUAAUUUUGAUCCUACUGAAUCAGAUCGGACUGACUGCUGCUAUAACCAUCUCCUUUAUCUACACGAUUGAACUCUUUCCCGUUUUCCUCAGGCAGGUGGCUCUUGGUUUCCUAUCUAUGGCCUACAGCUUCUCAGCCGUUGUCAUCACACUGAUUGAGACCGUGAAGCAGGACCAGCCAGAAUUUAUGAUGACGAUCUGUGGAUCACUGACCAUAAGUGGGGGAUUCCUCGCUUUACUACUUCCUAAAAAAUGGGAAACAAAAUCUUCUGAGGAGAAGAGUGAAUCUCCCCAAGAAAAAAGUGACCUGCAAGAACUGUGAGAGUGCUGAAAACCCCAGCAAUCAAGCACACAAAAGGAGAGUCCUUGGAAGAUCAUGACAAUACUUUCGACUUGGUGGGCAGACCGAAAAGACUGGAUCAGAACAGCAAGCCGUCUACAUCAGCUUUCCGGAGCCUCAAUGAGACCUUCUGGGGACUGGAGGAUAGGUGAUCCAUGCUCCGACAUCGGUACCCACCGAGCCUUGGCCGGGCCCACGCCGGCCUCGAUCUCACUCAUCGAUCAAAUAUACCACAAAGUGGUCCUUAAAAUGACGGUCACGAGAUGAUGUUAAUAAAGGCUCCCCAGUUCAUCAAAACACAGCAGCCAGGUGGU